CAUCACACCAUAGACUAACAAUUAAAGAUUUAAAUGAAGUAUUAAAUGAUUUGAAGAGUGGAGGGUUUUCUGAUGAAAGCUUUUUUGGCCUUGGUCUGGAGUUAGGUUUGCAUCAUCGGACACUGAAUACUAUCAAAUCGGACAACAUGAAAUCAGAAGACCAACUUAGGGAGUGUAUUUCAAAAUGGUUGAUGAGAUUAGAUGAUGUUGAUGAAUGUGGAGGAGCAAACUGGACAACGUUAUGCAAUGCAGUAGAAAAGAUGAACCGAGCAGCAGCUGAUUUUAUUAGAGCUAAACACAAUAUAUUGGCCUCACAACCAAUGGAGCAGAGCUACCCUCAAAAUUAUGUUGAACCAGACACCCAGACUACAGGUUCUGAUGAAGGGGCACGAAGAAGAUACUCACGGAAAUCUUCUUAUACUACCUUUACUCCAAGUGGGACAGAAGGAAAUGAUGGUUCUUCAUAUACUGUUAAUUGGUCCCAGUACGCAAAAGUCUUAAUUUUGGCUGUUGGACUUCUAGCUCUUGGAUUAACUGCAAUUAUAUUAUUUUGGUUCCGUUAACACUAGUGAUAUUGAUUGUCAGAAUUUUUGAUUUUUGUAUUUUAAACUAGUCAAGCUAAUGAACAAUUAUUAUUAUCAUUAUAUUGUUUUUGUUUUU